UGCCUUGCGAUCAUCGUGAAAAACAGCUGUGUUUCGCUCUCCUGCGCUCAAGAUCAAACAUCACAAGUUCUAAUGGCUGAUUGCGUUGCAUAAGCGCAUAAGCCUUGAGCUGCUAAACGUAGGUUGCAGUUCGGUCCGCACAUUGCUUGCCUAGACUGCACGAGAGGAUUCAGCGCUUCGUGACUCUCGUGGCAGAGCAACGGCAGCACUUCCGUGAGGAAACCCCAUGGAAGCCAGGAGCUUCGGAAGUGAGCGUGAGUCAGCAUUGCGGCAGUGGUUCCUUCAAUGAUCCAGCUGGCGGUGGCCUCUCACUCACAGUCUAGUCAAGGCUGCAGCGUGCCGCACCCAGCCACCCGCUCUGCCAAGCCGACCUGUGCAGAGCGCCUCACGUGCAAGGGACCCCACCCAAGGUCUGUACAAGCAGUAGACAAGCACAUCCAACAGUGGACAAGUCAAACUGCAUUGUACUUCUGCCUUGACUGUGACACAAACCAAUGUGAGGGCUGUGAGCUAGUGCUCCACCAGGAGUCUCGUUUCCGAGACCAUCGGCCCCGCGUCCCAGUGGUCGAGCCAGACCCUCAGUUGCUGUGCAAGGGCUUCAGUUGCCAGGGUGAAAACCUUGCCGACAUCCGCUGCCACACGUGCGAGCGCAGCCUCUGCUACGCCUGCGACUACCAGAUCCACCUGCUGCGCCGCAAGUUUGCUCACGUCAAGGUUCGCUUCCGCUACUACCUCGAGCGACAGGCAAAGUUGGCAGCAGCCGAAGUGGAGGUCGACGACGAGGAAGAGCAGUACCUAUCGGCCGAACCUGAUUGCAGCUCGUCCUAUGAAGACAGCAGCACCACCAUGAUGGCGCUGCAGUCUCUCAACGAACCGGACCUUGUCAGCGGCACCUAUAGUGGGUGCAAGGCACAACCGAUGACUAAUAGCAUUCUGCUCGUGGAUGACAAGGAGGUGCUGCAGGUGUCUUCAGCAGCAGAGCUUGCUGCCCAGCUGGGCUGCAGCCCUGAGACACCCGUCAAGGUGGUCUCCAUCUUUGGCAAUACGGGUGAAGGCAAAUCGCACACCCUGAACCACUCCUUCUACAAUGGGCAGCGGGUGUUUCAAACUUCUCCGCAGCAAGAGUCGUGCACCAUCGGCGUGUGGGCAGCGCACUGUCCAGAGCACGGCCUUCUCACCGUGGACACAGAGGGGCUGCUGGGAGUGGCUGAGAACCAGAACCAGCGCACCAGACUUCUCCUCAAGGUGCUGGCUGUGUCGGACAUAGUGAUCUACCGCACCCGGGCCGAGCGUCUCACCACGGACCUGUUCACUUUUCUCGGGGAUGCUUCUCGAGCCUAUGUUGACCACUUCACGCGCGAGCUCAAGGCACUCAAGGACCGCUGCAACCUCGCUGGACCCAUCUCGGCAUUGGGGCCUGCUGUCAUUGUCUUCCACGAGACAAUGCAUACCAAGCCUUUGGGUGCCGGUGAGGGUUCGCUCUCUGCUGUUGAGGAACUGAAGAAGCGCUUCGGGCUAAGCAACCAGAGCUUCGAUGCCUUCAGCGACUUGCAGUACGUGGGCAUCCAGACAGUGAGGUUGCCGACGUGCUUUGAUGGUUUGAGGGCCGCGGUGAAGAAGGUCAUGGACAACUCCUCUGUGCGCUCUGCAAGACCCGUGGAGGUCAUAUUCCAGGCGCUGAAACUUCUAAACGAGAGGUUCAGCGGUGACAUUGACAACACUGUUUCAAGCCCAUUUCCCGACCAGUAUUUCACCUGCCCCGUUACGUGCAUCGCUUGCAAAGCUCGGUGCAACAAGACCAUGAACCACCAAGAGGCUCACAGUUGCAAUGCCAAGUGCAAGUAUCAAUACCAACUCGACAACCGGGUCCAGCAGUGCAAGGCAAGUGCCCGAGGGGUAGCUCUAGGAGUCCGUUGGUUGGUGAACUUGCAUUGGAAGACUAGUUGGUCUCAACCUCUGCCACCUUUCUUUGUUCAAAUGCAGGACUGUUAUGAAAAGUCGGGCCGCGAGGUGGUUCUCACUCCGCAGACUGCUGCCAAGAAUGAUUCUGCCGUGACUGCAUGGGUGAAGUUUGCGUGGUCAGGAUAUGUGCUCGAGUGUCCCAGCUGUGGUGUCAUCUACCAGAGCCGCCAGUACUGGUACGGCAACAGGAACCCUGACGAGACAGUGACCAGGGUCGAAAUAGUGCACGUCUGGCCUGGUGAGAAGUUGGCAACACAGGAGUGCAGUAACACCGCACAGAGGGUUAUCGACGGACUGCAGACCAUCACUGAGACGGUCUCAACGUACAGUGCACGACCAACACGCACCAUGUCUGACUGGAUAAAUGACCAGAUUGCACCUUCAUACUGGGUCCCCAACUACCAGAUUCAGGCUUGCCACAAGUGCAAAAAAAGCUUUCCUCCUCAAGAGAAGAAACACCACUGUCGUGCGUGCGGCCAAGGCUUCUGCGAAACCUGCUCAUCCAAGACGCGAACUGUGCCAGAACGUGGAUGGGGCACAGAGCCUGUGAGAGUCUGCGACAGCUGCUUUGAUCAAGCAGGAGGCGAGGCAGCCGCGGCAUCUCCGGAAGAAGGAAUUGAGUCUGAACUCACAGCCCGAAAAGUGGGAGAGGCAAUUCGUAGCACGUUCGGCGCUGUUGCAUCUGCCAUGGAGUACCCCAUCGGAUCUGUUCUAGGUCUGAUAAAGGACACGGCCAGACCUGCCUACUGGAAGGCAGACCAUGUGCUGACCAAGUGCGCCGUCUGCGAUGCAGAAUUUGGUCCGCGCAAUACGAUCCAUCACUGCCGUUGUUGCGGAGAGGGCGUCUGCAACGACUGCUCGCUGACACGCCGGCCCGUCAUCUCCCACGGCUGGGAAAGUGCAGUCCGUGUAUGUGAUAAGUGCAAUGAACGACCGGAGCUGUGAUAAGCAUCGCACCAGUGUAGUGCACAGGACCAUAAAAAGGUGACACUGUAUUCUGAGGGACACCACGGUGCAGUACAAGUUUAGUGCGGUGUAAUGUUUGAACUCAGUUCCAGUUGUGUCCCGAAGACGUGACCCUUGCAGACUUGUGUGCUUGAGUGGUUGACGUGAUGACGAAUUGCUCGCGAGGUGUGAUACUGUAUAAAUUUGUUCUCGUGCAGGCUGGUUGCGAUUAUGGAUAGGUGGGCGUUAGCCGCCACUGAAUGACAUAGAGCUUUGUUCUUUUUUGUUAGCCUCAAACUGGCAUCAUAGCAAAAGCAUAAACAUGGUUUUAGUGUACAGUGGAGAGACUGAUGUGAUCAUGGUUAGGCUUGGGUGCAAUUGAAGAAUGGGUUAUGUUGAAGCGAUAUCUGGAUAUUUUACAGAAGUCUUACUCGAACGUAAACUUUAUAGAUACAAUAGCAGUGUCCUGCCCUGCACAUGAAACGUGGACAGUCUUUUGUGCCAUGUUACACAACAGUGACGUGGUUAGGCAGAGCUGCAUUCUCAUUUUUAUAGCUGUGUUGCUGCUUCCAUUUUUUUUCCUUCUGGAGAGUAGUUUGUACAUGCAUACAGCUAUUGGAAGUUGUACAAAGUGUGGUCAUAGUGCAUAUUAGCAAGAUUUUAAUGACUCGAGUCGUAGUCAGAAGUGUCUGUUAUUAGCAGCAUUGACGAGAAAUGGAGCCAAUAUUUUGUGGAGUAGUGUUAAAUGAUGUUUCUGUCCUGAAUUCAGUGACAAUGUUACUUUUCUUGUAGUGCUCAUAGCAGUAUCUUUUCCUCAUAUGAUUUGUUAAGAGAAUAUGUUGUGCGCACAGAUCGUAUAGAAAUGUAACACUACCGACAACAUAUUUAGCGCAAUGCAGUUUUCUCGUGCAAGUACGAGUUCAGGGACACUUGCUACUAUAGAUUCGUUUCUCGCAGACGAUAGAUUGUACAGCAGACCACAUUUAAAGAGCCCCUCACUAGACCCCAUUGCACAUGUUAGUUACACACUAAAAGUUCUAAAAUUUGAUCUGGAAAUUGUUCUACUGCAAUAAUUUUUCAAAUCCAUGUAUUAUUAGAGGAGAUAUAAGAAAUCAAAUGCCCUGUCGCCAUAUCGCCAAGAGGCAAGCGCGGCUGCCAACAGACGCUCUGCCUUUGCCUUGAGUAGCAUUUGCAAGUGACAUUUCUUCCCAGCCUUCUCUCAUACCAGAGCCGAGGGACGACAUCAGGUUGACUUGGCAAGCCCCGCCCCUUCCUCUCUUCCCCUGUUCCCCUUACUUUUUUUUUCUUCUUCUUUGCUGAGCGGUGCAUUUCCGGUGGCGAAGUUGCGCGUUCCGCAUUGGAUGAUUUACCAAAGCAACGUGUCAUGUUGAGUGAUGUUGCUAAGACUGAUUUACGUCACUGCGUUUGUGCAUGUUACCUUGAGUCUCUGGCUGGGUGCGAUACUUCCUUGAGAGGGAGGAUGUGCGGCGUUUGGUUUGAAAUUUCAGCAAUUUUUGUGGACAUACAGUGCUGUAAAACUUUGCAGAGACGAUAGUUAGCGCGUGAAGCAUGUGUUGGCGCUUGUCUGAAUAAGAUGGCCAGACGUGGUGAGGGGCUCUUUAAUGUCGGGCCAUCGGGUUUGAAAGUCCAUUUAUUUUUUCUUGCGCUAAGUACAGUAGGACGCCACAGGGGUGAAACGGACGCUGGAUAUGAAGCGGACACGAAGUGACACAUGGGAGCGCAAUAUUGUGUUCGCUUCAUAUCCAGUGUCCGUUUCAUCCCUAUGGCGUCCUACUGUACUUAGCGCAAGAAAAAAUGAAUGCACACCAACUAGCCCAAUUCAUAGCUCUUCUAAAGGUUUGAAGUUAUUGAUUUCUUAUCACUUGGGAAAGAAUUAUCUGAAAGUAAUUAAAUGAAUUAAAAUUAUUAAGCUUGCAAAUGCUUGCUUAAGGUUUCCCUGUAAACAUAUCAGUAUCCAGUUGCGUCGGGCACAUAUCUACUUCACCUCGUCACUCUUUCCCGAGAAACCAAAAAUUCGUGCCCAUUGUUUGCGCUUACACAUUUUUAUGUCUUCUUUUGUAAUUUUAGUAGCUUCUUGAAACCAGAACAGUGGUUAACAAUAUAUUACAGUGCAUGUAUUAUAUUUGCUUCUAUGUGCCCUUCUGGAUUUUGUUAUAUUUGUUACACGUCUUAGUGAAUUUGCAUUCCAAUGUUCUUUGCUAUUUCUACCAUGUAUUUUGAUAAUACUUCGUAGGCACUAGAUGUGAUGUGCAUAUUUUUGCUCAUCUAGUGCAGUCAUGUGCAGCAACAGAUGGCUGCCUACAUGCUUUCGUACCAACCAAAUUGGUUCAUUGUAUUCGCAAGCUUGUGUAUACACAGUAAGUGCUCAUAUACUGAAGAACAAAUUGUGGUUGUUUUGUGAGCUCAACAUCUGCCAUUGGCAAAUUUGUUUGUGACUUUUACAUGCAAAAGCAAAUAGCUGUGUGAGAGGCAGUUUCAUGCAGCACAUGUUUAUGCCAGUUACUGUUUCAAAGAACCUUUUGUAGGUCUUUUCUUAGUACCUGAAAAAGCUUCUGUACCAAAUAUUUAAUAACAUGGCCUAUAACUAAUGCAGAAUCUAGCUUGCCAGCUGCGCUGUCCAAGUGGCAGCCAGUCAUCAUUAUUUACUUGUAUUCACUGGAGCUCAAAUAGCCUAUCACUCUUUGAAAAUGAGGGUGCCGAUUACGUCGUUGCCUGCACUUGCAUAAUUUGACAGCUGGCAAACACAGGCAGGAAGUGCGUCUCAAAAUUCAUGCGGCCCAUUCCCAGCAGUAUGCUGCAGACACGUUGAGGAGAGGAAAAGUGCAACAACCUGAAAUAACAAUGAGGGCACAUGAACACAUGCUCAUGUUAGGCAAUUGCAGAUGAGCAAAUAUGCGUGGCUAGUCUGCGACUAACACAAAUGUGCUACUAUAAGACCGCUACAGGUGGCUACAUACACGGCACAAGUUUGCAGGUCAACUUCCUGACCUCCACAGCGACAUUCCAAUGGGGGCCUGUAACGAGCAUUGAGUGCAUGUUAAAGAAGCCCAGGUUGUCAAAAUUAAUCCAAAUCUCGUUCGCCACAGUAUGGGCCUCUCGCGUCCCUUAGUUUGCUUUGAGACAUUAAACACAGAUGCAUGUUUGCUCACAUUACAGGGGGAUGAAUGAGUGACAAUGGAAUGUUUUAGCACUGUGUUAUAAUCUUAUUAAUGUCGGCUGCCAUGACUGCAUGCAUGUGGGGAGUUUAUCAGGACAGACGCCGCUGGUUACCCGUGGCAACGUGGCAGCAGCCAGGCUACCUGCUUCAAUCCUAAUUCACCCUCGCUACUUGCUUUUCUUAAUGACAAAAAGAAGUCAAUGGUACAGACAGCCCUCGCUUAGUCUUAUCUCGUCACGUGAUGACAAAGUAUUAGCAUUGCUUUGGCAUUAUUAAGAUCAGCCAGCUGUUUGCUAUGAUGCUGGUAGUGCUAAGAAAAAUGUCAUUGAGCCACGAAAGUGUUCCACUUUCAACCAGAUGGUACCACAGCCUUUAAAGUUGAUUUGUCUGGUCUUGGCUGGAGGUGUGCCGGACUUUUUUCCCUUGUGUUGCCCAGUUUCCUACACAAUGUUCAGUAAGCUUGCCAGACGGUAGCGUCAAAAAGAUUGCUGGCUCUCCCGUAAUCAAGAGUAGAUGUAAGCAUGAAAUGGCUACCAUGCGGCGUCUCUUCCUGCCUGUGGUGCCGCCGCCUUCAACCGCGUUUCUUCUUGCAACAGUCCAACGUGCUCUGUCUGUCGCCACUUUUUCUUGUCACAUCGAAGUGGUCGGCUGCAAAUGUGCAGCCUUAGGUCCCCUUUUGAACGUCGCUAUUGGAAAUGACAAAUAAAACUUCAGUGUACUAGAAGUUACAGCUUGAGUGAUAGUGUGAAGAAACAUUAGAAAGAACUCGGAAGCAAUAUUUUUUGUAACUAGUUUAGAAAGUAACUAGCGUAUGUAAUGCAGUCCUGUACAAAGGGUUGGGGGCCAGAGACCGCAUUUUUUAAAGUUUUGACUGGUUGCCUGGAUGAUCUCGUUUUGUUCUCGCGCAACUUGCCAGCGUGUUCUCGUUUUUAGUGCCGGGAUAACGGCUCUGGCUGCUGGCUCAAGCUCACUUGAAGGCCUCCGACAACGGGAGCUAAAAGCAUUUUGUGCUUAAUACCUAGAGCUCUGUAAACUCCCUGCAUGUGCAGUCAUAGCAGCUGGUAAUCGUAUAACAGUAAUGCUAUGCUAAAAUACCGAUUAUCCAGCAAUGAACACCAGUUUCCCAUCACUGGCUCAUAAAGAAGCAAAAUUAUGCUUGUGUAUUUUAGUCGCAAUUUUAGUGUAUUUUAGUCGUAAAUUUGUUGUGGUCAAGGUAAACUUCAGUUUCAUAUUUUUUUCUCUGUUCGUGUGUCUCAUUGAUCGAUAGGGCUUGCUAGCUCGUAUUUAAGUGUUUGAACCUAAUGCCGUGGUUGGUAUGGCACGACCCAGCCACGUUUUUUGUUUUUGCUCUUUACAGACAUUCUCAAUGGCCCAGUAGUCAGGUGGUCAUGCAUUUUCAGUGGUUGUACUCCAUUUCAUGCCUAAUGCACAGUACUGUGAAAGCUAAUUAAGAAUUUCGGUCAUCUAAAUAUAUUAUUCCACACAUGUCAUGGCCAAGUGAUUUAGAAAUCACUCUGAAUCAAAAGGGAAUGGGUUCGUCACUUUGCCCUAUGUUCUUUUUUAAUGGGCACAUUAUGCCUGCAAAUUUGCCCCAAGUGAACUUUCCGCCAUGUCCUUUGAACAUAGUAGGAGAUUCGCGAGAUGGCACAUCGAGAAGCACAGGCAGCAGACGGGCCAGUCUGUGAACAGCCUAUGCUGCAUGCCAACAGCAUUGAACUCUCGUUGCCUCCGAGCCGCAUGCACUCGUGGCAUUCCUCAUCGCAGCAAGUGUGUCAGUGUUGUCUCAUUACCUGUUGUUACCAUGGCCAUUGUCACAUUUUGUCUUUUGACCACAAUCAGCUGCGCUUAUGCUAUUGCUUUAUUUCGAGCGGGAUUUUUGAUGUCAGUCACAUUUUAACUUGUUGAACACACCAAGCGGAACUAUUAUUUCUUUUCUAACCUGAUAACGUAGAUGCCAUCUUCUACCAGGGGAACAGAAACUUGUGUCGAGGCCUCGCCGCUUGCAUGGCAGCAGUCAUGAAAUGCUGCUGUGAAAAGAACAGAGAAAAAAAAAAACAUUUUAACACACUUAGGCGCCAUCUGCGCAAGAACUCUCUUAUUGUAUUCCUAUUCUGAUGUAUGGUAUAACUAUGUUCAAGGGGACCUACAUUUGCUCGGAACAUGUCAUGAGAUUUUGGUAGAAAUGAAAAGACCGUGAUUUAUAGUGAAAGAACCAGACAUGCUGGGCAUGGUUUAAAAAGAAAUUACAAUUUAAAAGUGGCACUGAAAGUUGCGGAAAAUAGUAUGUCGCAAUGCUCUAUAGUGAAACUUGAGAACUAGCAUUGCAGAUCCACCAUGUGAUUGCAGAUUACUGCGCACAAGUCCUCUGUUGCGCAAGUGGCUACAGCAAUGAUCUAAACUGCACAUCACGUGUAAAACUGUUCGUUUCGCUUUUGAAAAUAUGCUUUGGCUAAAUAGAACGUCACUGAAGCCAUUCAAUGGGAAACCACGAAAAAAAAAAAUGUUUGCUAUUUUUGCAUGAGCAUUACCUUGAUAAGAUUAAUUUCCUACUGCUAGGGCCACGCUUGUGUGCUUCCCACCAUUGCUGGCAUAGUCAUAAUCGCGCUCACCUGCCACUGUUUUCAGCGUAGGACUGCAUAAACAUAGUUGCAACUACAGAUAAAAAAGUUCGGAUAAAAAAUGUUCCGCAAUGUUUUCCCUGUUACCAUUGCAGGAUUGGGCACUACUGACUAGUAUGCGUUCCACUGCACUAAAAAAAUAUAAAGUGGGUGCCGUAACAAUUGGGUGUAUAGGUAUUUAACAGAUAGGGUAAUAUUAUUAUUAAUGCGCAAAUUUUUUUUAUAUAGCAUUUGACGCACUGCUUGUUCACAGACGCGAGCCAUGCACAGUCGCUGUAGCUUCCACAUUGUUGCACAUAAAUUGUAAAAUGGAGUAUAGGUAUUACUAGAAGAGCGGGUAUUCUGUUCUGAAACUACAGAACCUCAUUAAUAUGUUUUACGUCUUCUCAAUUUUAUCAUAGCUGCAGCCUCGUUUGCAUGUAAACAGAAUGUUCAUGUUAUGUUUUCCCGGCUACUAAGUAGUAUUGCUGCUUACAGGCAUCUCUAUCUCUCUCUCUACAGACACUCUACUGCAGUCACUAAAUAUUGCCAACUAGAUUUCAUGUAAAUGGUAAUAUAAUGAGCAUUGGGUGCUCUGAUGAAUCAUAAAGUUAUGAUGUAUUUUUUAAAGAUGUUGCUCAUUGGAGUGCUGUCCAACAUUAGUGUUUUGAUUAUAAUUGUAAAUAUUGGUAUCUUGUAUAUGUGUACAUUCAUGUUAAAAGCAUGCAUUGUGCACAUCAUAUGUUUAGACCUGCUUUUUUUUUUUUCGUUUUAAGGCACGGGUAUCCUCAUUGAAUUGUCGUUUACACAUACUUUUCUAGUGCCUAUGUUUUCAAGAACCUUGUAGUGGUGCCUGCUGCGCUUCAUCUAAGGGCUGAGAAGAUUUUAAUAUGUGCUCUAACACGAUGCUGAUUGUCCGCUCUCUAGAAAGAUGAACCACAUUUUAUUGUCAUCCUAUUAAAAUGCCGAGGCAGAAUGCUACCAGAA